GGUCGAAUUUGAACAGCCAUGCCUCGCGAGUCGCAAACACAGCUUCAACUCGCCCAACGUCUGAGCCGUCUCUUAGCUUGUCCUCGCAUUGCAGUUUGCCGACCACGACCUCUGACGCACGGCAAAGAUUUGUGCCCGCGACGGCGCACCUGCUCAUCGAUGAACGCGUCUAGCACAGGGUGGCCACUCAAUGUUGCGACGCCCAGAGCUGGCGCGACUGCAAUUAAAAAGAGGAAGCCCAGGCCUGUUGUGACGGGGAUGACUGAGGGUACUUCGUGGCCGUGGACCGCGUCGCUCGGGAUGACGGAGUACGAGAGCAAGGAGCAGAGACUGCACGACGAGAUUGUAGCGUACGCCGCGUACAUCAGUUCUACGGUGCAAGAAUCUAUGCGCGCUCGCAGUCGCGCACGCAUUGGGGAUACCUUCGGGAGUACAGCGCACAACCUCUACUUCCCGACGGGACUCACAAUAACCCAACGCACGGUCGCACGCAAGGCACGCGUGCCCGUUGUGUCUUUCGAGACGGCACCCGAACUCGGGUCGUUCAAGUGUGACAUCAACAUCAGUUCCGUGAGCGGCACUAAGAGUGUUCUGUUCAUCGCCGAGUACAUGUCUAGCAUGCCUGCGCUACGACCCAUCAUUUUGGUCGUCAAAGCAUACCUUCACCGCAUACAGCUUGGUUCGGCAGCCUUUGCGGGAUUGAACAGCUAUGGCGUCAUACUCUUGGUGAUCAGCUUCCUUCAGCGCAACCCAAAGAACUUGCCUUCAGAUGAUAUCACCAAGCCUCUCGAGCGCGAAUCCUUAGGACGUCUAUUAUUGGGCUUCCUCGAGCAUUACGGCUUCGACUUCGAUUACGCCGAUUCCGUCGUGUCCGUAGCAAAAAGUGGCUUGGUCACAAAGGCGAGCAAAGGCUGGGUAGAUGAGACCCAGCCAGCUGACCUACUCUCAAUCGAAGACCCCGUGAACCCAGAUAAUGAUGUUGGGAGAGCGGCCUCGAGGAUAGAGCAGGUCAGGACAGCCUUCUGCGAGGCGUACAAGGAGCUUCAACUCUAUCCUCUUUCUAUGGUCCACACGAACGCCCUCGGAACCAUUCUUGGUAUGUCGCCAGAGGUCGUAGCACGUAGAGAGAAGAUCCGCGAGAUGGUCGACACCGGCUCUCUCAAUCGUGCUUUGCAAGACGUCUGGAUCCCCCCGGAGGGCUAUGUCCCGCGACGGUCUCGCGAUCCGACGCCGCUUAAUGGCCACACACCAUAUCCGCCGCCCCAGUAUCAACAACGUCCGUACAGCGGUUUUGGGCAUGCCACGGAGCAGUACACCACAGAGCAGUACACCACGGAGCCGUAUCCUGAUCCAUCCUAUGGCGCACUACCCCCGCAGCAGAGCCCGUAUGAAUAUGAUGCAUACGGGCACGGGUAUGGUGGAGGAGGACGAGCGAGCGACGGGCACUCUGCCAGCUACGGGGCUGGACAAAGAAAGGGGCGUGCAGGGAAGAGGAGGCCUCCGUAGGUCAUUGCUGCUGCUGACCAGUCUACACGUUCGUGACGGACCCUGUACUCUAAUCUGGUAUCUCUCGUGCAGUAUCUCUAUGCUCACCUUCGGACCAUGUACUGUUCGAUAGGCCUUGGAAUGACAGUCGACGCCCAGAUGUUGUUUAUCACCAAGAGGCGUGUCUGGAGGCGGUUCGUCGGGACUUCUAUCGUACCCCAUUCAACCGUGACAGCGCGUUAACUUGGAGUGCAACGCUGGAGAUCCCUAGCAAACUGACUUCGCUCUCAUGUGUAUGUGAGCCGCAACUUUAAUACGGCUGAAGUGUUCUGAGGCAUGAAGGGCACCGGUGUGUGGUUCUGGCCAGCAUGCUUCGACCAC